AUGCCCUCUUCUGACCAUCCAGCGACGUACAAAGCCUACGCCUUCCUUGAGAAGGGUGGUAAUCUCCAGCGUAUUCUCUUCAAUUGGCAAGACCCCGACCCAGGUGAGAUUGUAGUGAAAGUCAUCGCUUGCGGCGUAUGCGCUGGAGACGAGAACGCAAAAUAUAGCGUGCUGCCAGGAAUCACAUAUCCCAUCGUUCCAGGUCACGAGAUCGUCGGCGACGUUGUAGCAAUUCCUGACACCGAGAAGCGAUGGAAGCUUGGUCAACGCGUUGGAGCAGGCUGGCAUGGCGGACAUUGUCAGCACUGCGAGCGAUGCUCCGUAGCCGACUUCAUGACUUGCGAGAACGGGCUCAUUCACGGCGCCACUCGCCAUGGAGGCUACGCAGAAUACGUUACUCUGCGCACGGAGGCGGUCGCCGCGAUUCCGGAUGGGAUGGAUCCCGCCGAAGCUGCCCCCCUGAUGUGCGCGGGUGUGACUACUUUCCAUUCGCUACGGAACAUGUCCUGCAAACCUCCUCAGUUGGUCGCUGUUCAAGGCAUCGGAGGCCUCGGACACCUCGCUCUCCAGUUUUCCAGGAAGAUGGGAUACCGAACCGUUGCGCUGUCUUCUUCGGCAUCCAAGGCUGAGCUGUCUAAGGAGCUCGGCGCCGAGCUGUAUUUGGAUGGCUCCAAGGUCGACCAGGGUUCAGAGCUGCAGAAGCUUGGUGGGGCGGCCUUAAUUAUGUGCACAGCACCCAGCGGCGAGGUAAUGACGGGCCUGAUGGAAGGAUUGGCAGUGAAUGGGGAGGUGCUCAUCCUGGCUGCGGUCCCAGGCGACACAAAGCUGCCCUUGCUCGCUAUCAUGCACAAGCGAGCCUCUAUCCGCGGCUGGCCAGCUGGUAACCCCGCGGACUGUGAGGAUUGUUGCAAGUUCGCCUUGGCUAACGGAGUCAGGGUCAUGGUCAACAAAUUCUCACUCGAUGAGGCUCAGAAUGCCUUCGACCAUCUGUCUUCAGCGCGGUUCCGUGCAGUGAUAAUGCCGUAG